UGCCUGACCUGUUUAGUCAGUGAGGUCACAGCUUGUGCUCAGUUGAGCGAAACAGACGGUUAUAACGUCUGCCAUCACCACAGUGGCAGGACCAGCGUAUCGUGCACAAGUAUCGAACUACCAUUUCUUGAGCGAGUCGAAGUUUCAUUGCUUACUGUUCUCACGUCCAUCAACCCAACAACUGUUGUGAUCUCGGUUGUGAAAUAAUUAUGCGUCACAUCUCGCGGGAAGCGUUGACACGCGCAGACGACAGUUUCAGUGAACUGGUCAGUCGCUCGGGCUAACUUGGAUAUAAGACGCACUGGAGAACUGACAAGUGACCUCUGAUAUCCAUAUUGCAGAAUUCAGACGGAGACUCCAGGAGCUGAACAAUGCAGCGGGGAUAAAGCACACGGAAUUAAACCCUCAUAUUGCUUUAAGGGUGCAAGGAAACGAUUAAAGGGUAUCUGAAGAUUUGUGACAUAGGGAUAACAACGACUGCGAUUGACGAGGUGCACGAAAUAUGCUGCAGGGGAUAAGACAAGGUGCCAAUAAGUUGUAGUGCCGUAGCAAUACGACGUGUUUCUUGUGACGACGGGGAACACUCCUCCUAAAACGCCAUCAGUGUCAACAUUUGAUAACGGAACACGCCAGUGUUCAAGAUAUAUACUGUCUUGCUAGACGAAGCAAUGAAACCCAGCACAUCUGAAUGAUCGUGGAGUAUCUGUGACUUGCCUGCGAGUGUAUUCAAAUGCCUGGUUUACGGCUUACUAAAGAAAAGUGUGCUGUUGCACAGCUCGAGAGGACAUACGAGGAAUAGGACGCUUCUGUGCCAUGAAGUGGUGUUUACCGUUCACGAUGAUUCAAAGGAAAAAAUACAAAUACAUGUGGAUUUUACCUGUGUUGAUGAUCUGUACAACACCUGUAAUAGGUCAGAGUAGGGCCUACUGUAAAACGAACAGCUGUAAAUGUAACAAUGGACGAAAACCUACAAUUAAUUGCUCAGGAACGGAUACCAUUACAUCUAUACCAAAGGACCUAUAUCCCAAUAUUCGGGUUUUAUCACUGACUGAUACCAAGAUAACAAGAAUACAAGAAGAAGAUUUUAGCACUGCAGAGACUAUAGUGACCCUAUUCUUGCAAAACAACGAGAUAAAUUACAUUCAUCCCAAGGCUUUCCGGAACCUAUUCCGCUUACAAACACUGAACCUGCAGGAAAAUGCUCUGACCUCCAUACCUGCACCUAUGUUCCAGCAUCUACCCAGUCUAACAGAGUUAAAUUUGAUCAAGAACAACAUACAGAACAUCUCAAGAUAUGCCUUUGUCACCUUGCCGGCCAACAAGGAUGUUAGGGUGAAACUUAGCGGCAACCCGGUGCAUUGUGGGUGUGAUAUGUUAGCGUUCAAGAAUUGGUUGGACCUAAGAAGUGUUGGUAACAUUAAGUUGGAGAUUGAUGAUCUUAAGUGUAGAAAUGCCAGAGACACGCCCCUAUGGGACGUCCAGGAAGAUGAAUUCAACUGUGACGAGGACGAUCCAUCGGUGUUUGAGGAUGACCAGAGUUGCCGGAUCUGCCAAGGGAUGGCGUCUAGUGAGAUGUGUGACCGGCAAGGACAGUUACAAGAAUGUUCGUCUGAUGACGGACAGCACCCUGUAUGCAGGACGACCUUGACCUAUGAGAGUAGUGGUUUGACGGUGAAGAGGACCUGUGACGAGUACCGAGAAUGUCUGAGACAGGAAAUAAAGAACAUGGAGAAAUGUAAACUGGAGAACGUGGUAGAAAAAACAUUGACGUGCAAUUAUUGUUGCCUGGGAGCGACGUGCAAUGACGACGGUUAUGGAGGCCGUUUGAAGGGUUAUACUUUCUACCUCAAGUUCUCAACCAUUGCCGUUGCCUACACCACUGACUUUGCCGACACAAAUUCGAAGACUUACCGUGACAUGGCAAUACGUGUAACAGAGGCGGUGAAAGGGGCAUUGGAUAAUUUGGGCGUUUUCGAGCUGUCUGAAAUAAGUUUCAGCGGCCCCGAUUUCAAUAUCUAUUUCCGACUGAACUGCAACAUGUUUAUUCGUGUGAGCACCAACGAUACUAGGAACGCCAUUAAGCUUGCCCUUGAUCAGGCUGUCAAGGAGACGCCAGAGAGUCAGAUCGGCCAACUCAACAUUGCCUCCAUAGAUGUCAACCUUGACGCUCCAAUGUUCUGUCAGCCCGAGACACAGAAAACUAGCAAGGGUUCUUUCGAGUGGCCUGAGACAUUAGUUGACAAGACGGCACAGGUCACGUGUCCGCAUGAGACACUCGGCCGCAUUCUUCUUCAAGCCUUUCGAAAAUGCGUCAAAGUUAAUAACAGGGCGAUUUGGAUGGACGCCAAUCUUGAAGCAUGUCCGUUCGCUAGCAACGUCACAAGACGACUAGAAGACCUCGCUUUGGACACAAUAACCACUGACAAUGUGCUGGAGGUCUCCAAAGAGUUGCAGAUGAUAACCACGAGGGCUGCCAACUUCACACAAACUGACGUGAACUUCGCAGUGAACAUUGUGGAGAAGAUUGCCAGGCUGGAAAGCUCUCUCAGUUCCAGGGAGGUCAUCAACAACACUCUAGCAUCCGUCAGCUACAUCAUCGUCGUCCCCGGCGAGGUGCUUCUGGAGGCGGAACAGAAGAAACAAGCAACGACAAGACUGAUAUCGUCUGUGAAUUUGAUGACAACGUCUUCAUCUCUGAGUGACGGGGAUCUUCUCCUAGUCCAACCCAACAUUGCCGUGGCAGCCGUCAGCAUCGACCCUAGGAACUUUUCUGGGGUUUCUUUCACCACGGAUUCGUCGAAUUCUAACGAUGGCACGCUCACUGGGGAUACGGUCGAGGUCAGAAGGGGAAACAACCCUGAACGAGAAGACAAAGCAAUGGCAACAAUCAUGCUUCCCGAGGGACUCUUUGUUUCCAUACCUCCUGGGGCCAUGACGAAAGCAAACAGAGUUAUAUUUGCAGUGUAUCCGACGGAUAAAUUAUUUACUGUUUUUGAAAAGGCUCGCCAAGGUCCAAGUGUCAAUCCAACCGGAAGAGCAGGGGGUGAUGGGAGUGUGGUCCCAUCUUUACCAGCAUCUAGCGGUGGUUCUAGUGUAGAGAAUAAAGGUAGCGGCGAUUUGACUGUGACUGACAUGGAACAGGGUAAAGUGACCACGAUGAUAAACAGCAAGAUCCUCUCAGCCAGUGUCCCGAACGUCAUCAUCGCCAACCUCACCGACCCCGUCAUCUUACAUCUACCUCAUCUUAAGAAGAACGCUGUUAACCCUCGAUGUGUGUUCUGGCGAGACAACGGUGCAGGGUGGUCUACAGAUGGCUGUGAGGUGAAGGAAGACGUCAAGGACACCUACACAGUCUGUGCUUGCAACCAUCUCACUAACUUCGCCCUGCUUAUGGAUGUCUUUGAAGAGGGUACUACUAUAUCUGAAACUGACCGAGUGGCCCUGUCGUUCAUCUCCUACAUCGGCUGUGGACUCUCUCUGUUGUGCCUGCUGCUCACAUUGCUCACAUACCUCAUGUUCAGGUGA